UUAGGCUGCGACUCGACAGAGCUCAGUGCUGCACCGCGCAGGACAGGACCGGAGGUGAUGAGAGCCGCGCGCCGCCGCGCUGACCGCGUUAUCCGUUAGAUCGAAAGGGGGGAAAACCACACACAGAGGCAGCAGCAUGCUCGGCGGCGCGGUGUCUGCGCGCGCGUGCGGCGGCGCGCUCCUGCAGCCGGUCUGGGACGGGAUCCGCGAGAGCUCCGAGGUGCGCGCGGCGCCGCUGUGGAGCGCGUGCGCCGCGUUCUCGGCGCACGUCCUGCUCUCGACGCUGUUCCUCGCGCUCGACCUGCUCGCCCCGCGCGUGCCGCGGAUCCGCCGCUACAGGGUGCACGCGAAGCCGGUGAGCCUGCGCGCCUGGUUCCGCUGCCUCGCGCGCAUCGCCUGGAAGUACGCGCUGUGCGUGCUGCCGCUGAGCGCGUGCCUCGGCUACACGCGGACCCGCUCCGCCGGAGCCGCCGCGCCGUCGCUGCUCAUCGCGUGCACGGAGUGUCUGUCGUGCCUGCUCGUGUUCGACACCUUCUUCUUCGUGGUGCAUUACACCGUGCACAGAAAUCCCUGGCUGUUCAAGAUCUUCCACCAGUCUCACCACGUGAACAUACACCCCUUUGCGCUCACGGCUUUGGACUCCAGCGCAGUGGAGCUUGUGUCUCAGCAGGUUCUGGCCGUGUGGAGCACCGAGGUGGUGGGCUGUCACCCGGUCAGCGAAAUCCUCUUCUAUCUGCUCAACAUCUGGCUGGCGGUGGAGGAUCACUGCGGUUACGACUUCCCCUGGUCUCUGCAUAGGAUGUUUCCCUGCUUUGGCGGGGCUCCUUUCCACCAUGCCCAUCAUCAGCAGGUGAACGGGAACUAUGCACCGUAUUUCAUACACUGGGACCUCAUAUUUGGGACGACAAUAAACCGGUGAACGGAUUUUUCAUUCGAAAUGAGCUGGAGACGAUAUUGCACUAAGAUCAUGUCCAGGAGAUUGUUUCAGUUUUUGGUCCAUUGCUGUGAAUGAACCAUGAUGUGUUCAUUUACAAUGAAAUCAUUUCAUUAUUCCCACAGGUACAAUACCACUCGGAAUUCUGGGCACAUUAAAAAAAAUUUCUACCCAGCAGCAAAAAUCACUAUUAUUAUGUGGGUUUUUAUUACUAUAAAAACCCACAUAAGGAAUGAUGUACGUACAUUAAGAGAACCAAGAUUCCAUCACUCCCGUAAGACUGUAAGCUUGUCUGGGAAAACCUGCAAGAACUUUGAAUGUACAAUGUAUGUUCCUCAUGGAAGCAUUACUGUGAUCAACAUGACUGACAUGAGGAGCGUCCUCCAAGGGAAAGACCAAAGCCUAGACUGUCUACUACAAAAAGGAAGUUCAUUUAGAGAGAGUUCCCAGCCUCAGAAAUCAAGAACCCGGAGCUUCAGAUUAGAGCUGCAUGAGAGCUUCACAGAGCGCAGAGUAGCAGAAACAUCUAUCAACAUCCAUCAUCUCUUUAGAAGGGAUCCUUUCAUAUUUUCGAUGGUUCAUCCAUACCUUUUUUGAAAGUAAAUAUAUAUAUAUUGCUUAUUUCUUUUUGUAUUUUUUGGCGUUCCUUAAAAAAAACAAAGAUAUUUUGGGGAAAUGCCUGGAAAUAAAGCAUUUUAACUGUAGAGAUGUUUUCGAAAAUGUUAACUUGUGUGUGUUUAAAACUGCUAACAUUACAGUGUUGUCCAGUGUGUCUUUAGUGUGUGUUAUGUGUGUGUUAGGAUUGAUGGCAGCUGAUCAGGUGUUUAAUUCCUGCUUUGUAAUUGUUCACUUUGAGAUUAUAAUCGAUAUCACGCUGCUCCUGAGUCCAGUGUUUAGAGCCAAAUCGAGAACGUGUUUUUUUGCGUCGUUUUUGCAUUUGCUUUUGCGUGAAGUCUUGAGCACUGUAUUAAUCCACAUAUUCUGUGUUAUAGAACUUGUUGGUGUUUUCUCUAUUCCUCUGAUCAGUACGCAGCUCUUAAUGUUAUUCUUAACGUGUCGUUUUUGGUAACAUUUAAAUAACAUCAUAUCGCCACCUACUGGCCGGUUCAUUCAUACCAGUUUAGCAAUAAAAAGCUUCAUUUAAAAAAAAAUAUAUAUAUAAUCAUUAAGAUUAUUACUGAUCAUAAACAAAUCAGUUUUAUAUAACAUAUUGUAAAAAUCUGAGUACAGUCCAAAACCUUUUUACUUCCAAAUUUAAUGGCAACCUCGGUGCUCCGCCUGUGACACAUUUCAUUUCCAGCAUUAUGUCAACCUGCUCUGUGUGAUACAUCACUCUGAAUUUCAUUUAUUUCUCUUUCUAAAGUAAAUGUAAACACUUGGAGUGAUUGGGAAAUGAUACAUUGGAAAUUUUUUAAAAAGUCUUUUAGAAUGGUGCUCUUCUGGCUAUACACUUCGUGUAUAUUUUAAACAGGAAGUAACACAGAGGCCAGUGACGAAACUGCGCUUUAUAAUAACAUUACUACUAUAUUCCUAAUGUUUUAUAAUCCCAAUGUGUUAUACUCGCAGGAGUUAUAAUCACAGGCAUUAUAAUCCCAAUGUGUUAUAACCUCAGGCAUUGUUAUCUUGGGCGUGAUAAUUCCAGGUGAUAUAAUCCCAGGUGUUGUAAUUCCAGGCAUUAUAAUUCCAAUGUUUUAUAAUCUCAGGCAUUAUAAUUCCAAUGUUUUAUAAUCUCAGGCAUUAUAAUCCCAAUGUUUUAUAAUCUCAGGCAUUAUAAUCCCAGGGGUUAUAAUCCCAGGUGUUAUAAUCCAAAUGUGAUGUAAUCCCAGUGUGUUAUAAUCCCAGAUGUUAUAAUCCCAGGUGUUAUAAUCCAAAUGUGAUGUAAUCCCAGUGUGUUAUAAUCUCAUGCAUUUGUGUUGUAGCAUCAUUGACGUACUAAUCAGUACAUUUCUAAAGCAGUCAUGCGAUCACACCAGCAAGCUUUGGACAUAAAGAGUCAGGAAAAAAACCUGUAAAGUUUUUAGUUCAGAGUUUUAUUUUGGAGAUGUUAUUCUAUUACAUAUAAUAUUGUGCAAAAGUAUUAGCCACUCAUUUUAAAAUAUGCAAUUCUUGUC